ACAAGGAAGGCGCUGUCGUUGGCAGUCCGGCUAGAGAAGAGAGGCGCCUGCGCCUAGGAGCCGGGCUUGUGAGUGGGGCGGCCUAGCGGGCGGGCGUGGGGCCAGGCCAAAGGACUGAACUCGCAGGAGCGUCACAGGCGCCGGGGCGGCUGCCGACGGCGGGCCUGGGUCAGUGAGAAGUCCCCGGGCCCCCGCCCUGCCUGCUACUCCCAUACCCACCCGGUGCGCGCCCCAUGAGGGACGACCCCCGACUGGGUCUCAUGCCUACCCUCGGGGUGGAGCCGGCAGGUUUUCAAUCAGAUGUUCCACAUAAUAAUGCUGGAGUUAAGAAGUUUCCUAUUCUUUUGCUGCAAACCAGAAGACUCUGUUCCCUGUAUAUAGAAUGGGAGUAAUGUUUGAAAACAACUGGCUGGUGUUUAAAAUUGAAGAUCGUUGUGACUGUUUGUCCUAAUGCCAAUGCUGAAGUAAGAUUGUCUUGGAAAUACUAAUUUGGGGUAAUCCAAAUCUUCUGGAACCAUGAAAAUUUUGCUGGUUUUUGACUUUGACAAUACAAUCAUAGAUGACAAUAGUGACACCUGGAUUGUACAAUGUGCUCCAAACAAAAAGCUUCCUACUGAACUAAGUGAUUCUUAUCAAAAAGGAUUUUGGACAGAAUUUAUGGGCAGAGUCUUUAAGUAUUUGGGAGAUAAAGGCGUAAGAGAACAUGAAAUGAAAAGAGCAGUGACAUCAAUGCCUUUCACUCCAGGGAUGGUGGAGCUCUUCAACUUUAUAAGAAGGAAUAGGGAUAAAUUUGAUUGCAUCAUUAUUUCAGAUUCAAAUUCCGUCUUCAUAGAUUGGGUUUUAGAAGCUGCCAGUUUUCAUGACGUGUUCGAUAAAGUGUUUACAAAUCCAGCAGCUUUUAAUAGCAAUGGUCAUCUCACGGUGGAAAAUUAUCAUACUCAUUCUUGCAGUCGAUGCCCAAAGAAUCUUUGCAAAAAGGCAGUUUUGAUAGAAUUUUUAGAUAAACAGCUACAACAGGGAGUGAAUUAUACACAAAUUGUUUAUAUUGGUGAUGGUGGAAAUGACGUCUGUCCAGUCACUUUUUUAAAGAACGAUGAUGUUGCCAUGCCACGAAAAGAAUAUACCUUGCAGAAAACUCUUUCCAGAAUGUCUCAAAAUCUUGAGCCUAUGGAAUAUUCUGUUGUAGUUUGGUCCUCAGGUGUUGAUAUAAUUUCUCAUUUACAAUUUCUAAUAAAGGAAUAAUAUGCCAGCA